AUGAGCAACGUCGGCGUAGCAAGCGAGGGCGCAUCUCCCCCUCGACCACCGCGCUCAAAACGCAACCGCCUCUCCCUCGCCUGCACCCAGUGCCGCAAGCGCAAAGUCAGAUGCGAUGCCUCUACACCAAAGUGUCGCAACUGCGUUCUACGAGGCGACGACUGCGAGACGUUUGAUCCUCGACGUCCUAAUGGUCCAGCGGUCAGGAGAUGGCCGGCCAAGGCGCCGCAAGGGGGGAUAGUGCGACGACACAGCUCUAUCAGUGAGCAUAGCUCCCCAAGCUCGCUCACGUGUGUUCAACAUGAGCGGGCAGCGUCUCUAUCACGGAGUGGUCCUAAAGAGAGGCAUCCGUCGUGGAUUGAGAGGGCUUACCAGGAGAGUCAGACCACUCCUGAUCACGUUGCCGAUGGCCAGACGAACGACAGCCCGGACGUGGUUAUGAACACUGACGACACUUCGCACAGAGUCAAGUACAUGGGCUCCAGCAGCAUGCAAUGCCUCUGCCAGUUCAUAGACCUGUGCUUUGAGAGAAAGGGCCUUGAAGCAAUAGGACCACACUUUCGAUGGGGGAUGAGCUUCACCGAAGAGUUCCAAUUGCCUUUGAUAGCCUAUCUACCCAACUUGCCCGACAGGCCACUGAUGGAACCCUUAAUCGAGGUCUUCUUCAACCGCACGCACCCUCUCGUGCCCGUGCUGGAUCGGACGUCCUUCGUAGCCGAGGUGACACGACUGUUGGAGCUUCAGCAAGGACAUGAGAACGGGCUACAGGCUGCCAUAUCUUCUGCAGACGCUCCAGCUCUGGUAACGGUAUACAGCGUCCUAGCACUUGGCAUGGAUGAUUCUGAAGGGACGGUCUCAGCGACGGCUACGCCAUACCUCACUGCGGCUUAUUCCUUGACCAGCCAUUGUCUCGGCCUCCCAUAUACGAGCUCAGUACAGGCUCUAGUUAUGUUGGCAAUCGCGUUACGUGCAAGAAGCAAAGAGGGACAGAGCUGGCAUCUCCUGGGCCAAGCUGUCCGGAUUGGCCAUUCGCUCGGCUUCCAUCGACAGAUAGUCUCUUCAGAGUCUACGAAUCACCCAGACCGCAGGCUGCAUUCUCGGAUCUGGUGGGCAUGCUACGCAUUGGAGAAGAUGAUGCAACUCGAGACUGGGCGACCAUCAGUCAUAGAAGAGUUUGACUGCGACCAGGCUUUUCCGGACAGAAACAGUGGCCUCAGCCCAUAUUUUGUCAGAUGGGUGUCUCUAUCUCAAAUCGUCGGCCAAAUCGGCGAGCACAUCUACCGAAGGAAGGCGACCAGUUCUCUUGGUCUCUUGUCCGAGAUCGCACGACUAGAUCAAGCGCUGCUGGAUUGGGUCGAGGAAGGUUCAGAAGGACCCAGGUCAGCACAGAGGGCUGGUUGGGAUUCGGGAGUGACUGAAGAGGAGCAGCCACUUGCUCUCUUUCUAUCAUUGCAGUACCACCAGGCGCAAAUGACUCUUCUCAGAGCAUCACUCAUCUUCCCAGAGGCUUCGUUUGCCAGAGAGGUCAACAGUCACGGACCCAAGCUCAAGGGUGCUGCACGUCUACUGCAAGGGCAAAACACCUGCGUGGAAGCUGCAAGAUCCACCAUCACGCAAGUUGCCGAGUUCGCCGAUUCCCACAGCCACUUUAUGCUUCUCACGCCAACGCAAACCUUUUUGGCUGCCGUCACUCUUGCGCUCCACACUCUGAAGAAGCCUCACAAGCGCAUGGGUCGUUCUGAUGGAGAGCUUGUCAGGACUGCUUCGGAUUACGUGGCUGAUUUCUACCGUCGAGUUGGACAAAAUGAGGAGCUUGUCAAGGGAGUUCUGGAGCUAUCGCGGAGGAUGAACCAGGUGCUCUCUGGAGAGGGAGUCGUGGCAGAACAAGCACCGAGAGUAUCCUCGCAAGAGGCCCAAGACGCAAACCCCGUGCAGAGUGCGAUGUCCCCGAGUCAGUUCUACGAUCAUGGGAUGGAACCUCUUACCUUUGAUCCGAAUGACCAGUUUCAAGACCCUUUUCAGGAUAUGCCUCUGGAUCAGUUCUGGGCGAUCAUGGAGGGAGAGUUUACUACAGUCAGCGGCCAGAAUUUCCCCUGA